AAAAUUUAGUAGACCCAAUCCCAAUUUUGCAACUAUUCUCAAAAAUAAGAUGAUGAGUAACGUGAUGAUUUAAAACUUGAUCUACACUACUUGAUGCAACAUUACUAAAUAUAGAUUGUUAAUUCAAAAAAGUAAUACGAAGGAAAGACGCAAAGAAAUGAAAAGAAGUUAAAAAAAGGAAAGAUAUAAGCCUAAUUAAAACAUAGACUAUAAAUUUACUUAGACACAGUUAGCUUUCUAUACUACAAUUCUAUCAGAAUGCAAUUGAACUUAAAAGAGAGAGAAAACACCUUAAGUCAAAUCGGGUUUGUGAUUGUUAAGAGUGAAAAUAAAGUGGAGAGAGGAGAACCAACAAAUAUUGAUUUAUAAAUUAUCUUAGUUGAAUACUAAAUUCAGAAAUGUUUGAAUAUGAAUAAUAAUAUUUUAUCAUAAAAAUUAAAUAAUAUGCUCUAAAAUUUAUAAGUUGAAGGUAAAGAAAUUAACCAAGAUUACUCUUAUGAAUGGGUAGUUGGGAAUGAUGAUUUAAUAAACAUGGAAAAAGGAAUUUCAAUAGCCGAGUUCACUGAGUAAAGUCAGAAUCGAGAUUAAGAAAUGGAAUUCAGAAUUUUAAGACGUCUUACAGAAACCUAAUACCACAAUGAAAACCUAUAUGAUUUUCACCCUGACAUUUUGAAGUUAAACCGAUAUGGCAACAUCUUACCUUUUAAACAUUCAAUAGUCAAGUUGAAAUGCGAUGAAGAAGAGAACUAAAAGGAAUCAUAUAUAAAUGCUGAUUACAUUAAUCUAAUAAAUGGAAAGGAGAAAAUGAUGAUAGCCACUUAAGGUCCAGUGACCUAAACAAUAGGACAUUUUUGGAGGAUGAUUUCUUAAGAAAAUAUAUAAAGCAUUGUAAUGCUUUGUAAUCUAAAAGAAAAUGGAAAGGUGUAAUGUGAGUAAUACUGGCCUAGAAAUAUAGGAGAGAGUUUACUUGUAGGAAAUAUUACUAUAAAUUUCGUUAGUUAAGAAGAUUUGGGAAACAAUAUAAUAAAAAGGACUCUGUAAAUGUAAGAACAAAAUGGAGAAGAAAAAUAAAUAAUUCAUUUAUAAUGGUGUGGAUGGCCAGAUUAAGGAGUGCCCAAUCAUAACGACUUCAAUAUAAUAAUGGAAUUGAUUAAUCAAAUUUUGGACAAGGUCUUGAAUGAUUAGAAAGUAGUAUUUCACUGCAGUGCAGGAGUAGGGAGAACAGGAACGCUGAUAUCCUUGGUAAACCUGAUGAUCAUUCUCACAACCUACAAAUCACACAUAGGAAUUGACAAUGCGAGUACAAUAAUAUUAAUAAAGCAAGAAAUAUUUGAGAACCCAGAUUAGUUUCGGAUUUCAGUUUUUGGAGUAGUGCGAAGAUUGAGAGAGUAACGAUGGGGAAUGGUGCACACAUCAGAACAAUACCAAUAUGUAUACAAAUUCAUUGAUUAAGCUAUAAAAUAUAUGUUCUAGCAAUAGUAAUGA